CCUAAGAUGAUGUUUUACGCAUCAGCUGAUUUCUGAAUAGAAAUACCGAAAAUUCUUAUUGUGUGUUGACCAGCACGUUAUCUUAGUAAUUUUAUUUGAUUGAAAUAUCUAUAUUCAGUGAAAAAUAUUCUUGCAUUCUUGUAUGCAAUGGCGCUCUUUGAGAUAAAAUGGUUACGUCGUUGGAUACGCAGGCACACAAACCCAAUACCAAUGGAUAGUGCAGAGCUCUGGAAGAGACGCUUAAGUAUCGGUUAUGCGCUACUCGCAUGGAACGCUUUCGGUUUCGUUUGCUAUAUGGUGUUCACCGGUCGCAACGAUUGGGCGAAAUAUUAUGGUCAUAAAAGCGAAGAGGAAGCAAAACUAACACCUGCACAACAAUUUGCAACAAAACUGAACGUUGACAGGGGGAAAAUCAUACGUUUCUCAGGAUUAAAACGCGUUGGCGAGGAGGAAUUCGAUAACAAAGCUGGAAAAUCAGAAUAAAAUAAGUUGUAUAUCAUAAAUUUAUUAAGCGAAGAAUAUGAAAUUGUGCAGCAGCUGACUGCAAUUCUUA